AUGGCACUACCGGGUCUAGACAAGCAGGAGCCUAUCGCCAUCGUUGGAGUGGGAUUUCGCUUUGCCGGCGGAGUGUCAUCGUCGGGCUCACUGUGGGAGGCGAUCAGCAAGGUCAAGACCUGCCAUGGUCGCGUGCCCAAAGACAGGUGGAACAGCGAUGUGUGGCAUCAUCCGGAUCCCGACCGCAAAGGCGGAAUCGGCCCCCAGCAUGGGUACUUUUUGGACCAAGACAUCAGCCACUUUGACGCCCCCUUUUUCUCCGUGACAGCCAAGGAAGCUGCUUCCAUGGACCCGAUGAAGAGGAUGUUACUGGAAGUGUGCUACGAAAGCAUUGAGAACGCUGGCAUCCCCGUCGAGGAUUUGAUGAAUAGCCGCACAGGCUGUUACGUCGGAUGUAUGACAAACGAUUAUGAGAUGAUUUCCCUGCACGACAUCUACGACGUAGGACACCCAGCAGCGACCGGACUGAGUGAAGCCAUGACAGCGAAUCGCGUGUCGUGGUUCUUCGGCCUCAAAGGCCCCAGCUUAACGCUCGACACCGCUUGCAGCUCCUCGCUAUACGCCCUCCACCUCGCGUGUCAGUCCCUCAGGCUGAAAGAAACCAACAUGUCUCUCGUCGCCGGAGUUAACCUCAUGAUCAACCCCAAUACUUCUCACCAGCUGACUGCUAUGCACAUGCUCAGCCCCGACGGCAUCUCUCACACGUUUGAUGAGCGUGCCAACGGCUAUGGACGUGGCGACGGUAUCGGUUCUAUGGUCAUCAAACGUCUGUCGGAUGCCAUUCGUGACGGCGACACGAUUCGCGCCGUCAUCAGGGGAUCGGGCGUGAACGCCGAUGGCAAGACUCCCAGUGUUACGCAGCCAAGCUCUUGGUCACAAAUGGAGCUCAUCCGCCAGACCUACGAGGAUGCAGGGCUGGGCCUUUCGGAGACAGGAUACUUUGAAUGCCACGGCACGGGUACGCCUGUAGGCGAUCCCCUCGAGCUAGCCGCCAUUGCCCAGACACUCGGUGCGGCGAGGCGUGCGGCUGGACAGCCUCCUCUUCCCAUUGGCAGUAUCAAGCCCACUGUGGGACAUACGGAGGGCUGCGCGGGACUGGCCGGCAUUUUCAAGUCUAUCCUGCUCCUGGAGAAGGGCAUGCUGGUUCCCACGCACGGCGUGGAGCGAGUCAACCCACAGUUGAAGCUGGACGACUGGCACCUCAGCCUCCCGCAGGAUGUUGUCGCGUGGCCGGGCCAAGGACUGCGUCGGAUAAGCGUCAACUCCUUUGGGUUCGGCGGUGCAAACGCGCACGUUAUUCUGGACGAUGCCUAUCACUACCUUCGAGAAAGAUGUCUAGCGGGCAAGCACAAUGUGGACGUACAUAUAUUCGGCUCGGAUUCUGGAAUCUCAUCUGCGCAACCAAGCGAGCCUGACCUUGGAGCAUCCAAGAAGCUAUUUGUAUUUAGUAGCAAAGACCAGGCUGGAACUGCACGGGUGACGGAAAGGUUUGCCGCGUGGCUGCAAGGGGGGGAUUUGGACGAGAAGCACCAUGGACGUACCUUCGACGAUAUUGCCUACACCCUUGCACAGCGCCGCUCUCACAUGGGGCACAGGACAUUUGCCCUUGCUGCUUCGAUGCCGGAGCUCUCCAUGAGGCUAUCGCGGGGGCUGCCGGCAGCCACCAGAGCACAGAGACACGGCGGCAACAUUGUCAUGAUAUUCACCGGUCAAGGCGCCCAGUGGUCGGGCAUGGCGCAGGAACUCUUCGAAUAUCCUACGUUCCACCAAAGUAUACAGGCUUCGCAAUCCUACCUCGAGGCGCUGGGCUGCAAGUGGAACGUGCGCGAGGAGUUGAGCCAGACGCCCAACAUCAACCUCCCGGAAUACAGCCAGCCACUCUGCACCAUCAUCCAGAUAGCGCUGGUCGACCUUGUUCGCGCGUGGAAGAUUGUGCCAGCGGCCACCCUUGGACACUCUAGCGGCGAGAUUGCGGCCGCCUACGCGGCGUCAUUGAUCACCCACCAAGAUGCCAUCAAGCUCGCCUACGUGCGAGGCAUCAGCUCUGCUGGCGUCCGCAAGCAAGGGGCCAUGAUGGCCGUAGGCCUUUCUCAGAGCGACGCACAGGCAUACGUUGACACGUGGGCCCCGGGAUCUGUCGUGGUGGCCUGCGUCAACAGUCCCUCCAGCGUGACGCUCUCGGGCGAUGCCGACGCCAUCCACGACCUGGAAACCAAGAUUUCCGGCGACGGCAAGUUCGCCCGCAAGCUCAAGGUCACCAUCGCGUACCACUCUCCUCACAUGCGCGAGGUCUCAUCAGACUAUCUCGCCAUGAUCGGCAGCAUCGCACCCAAGCAGCCUGAUGAGGAAACCGACAGCGGUCGCCGCCCAGUCAUGUAUUCUUCCCUCACAGGGUCCGUGAUCAGCUCUGCCGAGAAACUGGACGCCCAGUACUGGGUGGACAAUAUGCAGAGUCCCGUACAGUUCUCACAGGCGCUCUCCGCGUUGCUCAUGGACAAGAAGCUGGCCCCUGGCGCCACCCGCUCGGUGCCAUGGGCAGGCUUCCUCGAGGUUGGGCCCCACGCCGCCCUGCAAGGACCGGUGCGUCAGAUCAUCACCGCGACCAACAACACGGUCGCUGCGUCUGCACCCUACGUGUCCCUGCUUCUUCGCGGCAAGGACGCCAUGGAGACAUCCCUGGAAGCCGCUGGGAGGCUCUGGGCGGUGGGCGCCAAGGUGGACUUGGCCGUGGUCAACAACCAGCACCAGCCCUCGGAUGCUCCCCAGGUGGUCUGUGACCUGCCAGCCUAUCCCUGGAACCACGCACGCAGCUUCUGGCAUGAGUCGUACUCGUCACGCGCCUAUCGCUUCCCGCGCGAGGCCCGGCACGAGCUCCUCGGCGUGGCAGAAUAUUCAUGCAGUGCCCACGAGCCACGGUGGGGGAACUACCUGCGCAUCACCGAGAACCCAUGGAUAGAGGACCAUGUGAUCACUGGGACGACGCUGUACCCUGGGGCCGGCAUGCUCGCCAUGGCGUUGGAGGCCGCCCUGCGCACCGCUGAUUCUUCGAGGACGGUGGAUGGCUUGCGGAUGACGGAUGUGCUGUUUGAGCGUGGACUGGUGAUCUCUCUGGACGACGCAAGCCCCGUGGAGACACGCAUCAGCUUGCACCUCCACAGCACCCAGCCCGACUGUUGGCUCUUCAAUAUCUACUCCAUGUCCAAAGCGUCUUCCUGGGCAAAGCACUGCUCGGGGACCAUUGCUGUCGUGUACGAGAAGGGAUCGAGCGAGGUGGAGGAGGGCCGGAAGGAUGCCUCAUGGCACAGACACGUGGCUCUACACCAGACUCUACUUGCUGACCCAAACUCGUCGUCUCUCGACAUCACCGAGUUCUACGACGAGCUGGAGGCUGUCGGCAUGCAAUACGGCCCGGCGUUCCGCAAUGUCGUGUCUCUUGCGGCGAUACCAUCUCAGCAAGCCUCCUACGGUACCGUAUCCGUGCCGGACACAAGAUCGAUCAUGCCGAGCCACCACGAGUCCCCUCAUGUCAUCCAUCCAGCGACUCUGGACUCCAUCUUCCACCUGGUCAUCGCGUCACUCGACGCCGGCCGCCCCCAGCAUUCUGCAGUGCCGUACGCCAUCCAAGACCUGUACAUUGCCCGCGACCAGCCACAAAGACCGGGAGCGCUGUACUCGGGCUACGGGCGCUUGGUCUCUCGCCAUGGCCACCAGAUGACGACCGAGCUGGUUGUGUCAGACCAGGACUGGCAAAGGCCAAGGAUCGUGAUCAGAAACUUUGCCCUGCGUCAGGUUACGUCCCCUAUGAGCCGGGAGACCGCCAAGGCCGCAUCAGCCUCUGGUGAAGCAGGCGCGAAAUGCGCCGAGAUUGCCUGGAUCCCGGAUCUGUCCUUUGUGACGAGCAAUGGGGGUCUGGCGAGCCUCGCCUCGUCUUCCGGCAAGGCCACCCGCUUGCUCGACGCUGUUUUUGAUGCGGCGUUGCUCAAGAGAUCGGACAGCGUGGCACUCAUCGCAUUGUUCAACGAGGCCCAAUGCCACACGGAUAUUCUCCUGUACCUCAAAAACCGGGCAUAUCCGCCCAGGAGGAUUGUCGCUCUGGCCACGUCCGAGACGCAGCUGCACACGAUGCGGGCCCUGCUCGGUGAAGGUGCCGAGAACAUGACCAUCAUCUACAAAUGGGUGCCAGAGAGCGAACUGCUGCAGACACUGACCCCCGACGCACUCGACGUCAUCAUCGGCUUGUGCGUCCCCGACGCGGCCAGCAAUGCUGCUGUGUUCGCGAAGCUGGCACCAGUGGCACUCGUCACACAGGAUGGCCAGCUGGACGAGAGCUUGGACGUGCCCGGCUCGUGUGUGGCCACACUGGCUGAGGAGAGGACCUACAUCCUGACCUCAGCGAGGGACAGACAUCUCGCCACCUUACCGGAGCUUCCAGAGUCCGUGGUGCUUCUCUUGCCCGCGUCAAUGUCGGACGCUGUGAAGAUGCUCGUCGCCGCUGUUUCAGAGAAGCUUGCAGGCCUUGGUAUGUGCGUUGAACAGUGCCGUCUGGAUUCCGACGGUGUAGCCUCUGUCGCUGGCAAGUCGGUACUGUCCCUCCUCGAGAUCGAACGUCCACUCGUGUACGCCUGGGACGAAGACCAGUUCUGCGCAUUCAAAGCGCUCAUCUCUGCGGCUGGUCACGUCCUCUGGGUGACGCAUGGCGGCGUCCUGGAGAGUUGGGCGAAUGGUGUGGAAUUCGCCACGAGCCAAGGACUGUUCCGAGUCUUGCGGAACGAGUACCCUGCCACCCAACUACCGUCCCUCGACCUCUCCGCCCUCGCCGACAUGUCCGACGCUCGAUACACGGAUCUUAUUGUGGAGGUCUGGCAAGCGAGUCUGGCCGAAGACGCGGAGACGGAGUACGCUGAGCGCCAUGGCGUCGUGUUCAUUGCCCGUGCAAAGUCAAAUGCUGUCCUUGACAACGAGCUUGCACUGGCCAACGAUACCGCCCAACCCAUCUGGUCUACUCUGGGUGCCACUGGGAGAGCACUCUGGGCGAAGGAUUUGGGCGACAUGGACAAAAGCCACGUCUGGAUUCCGGAACAAGAGGCGGAUGCAGACCUCGCCUCUGGUCAGGUGGAAGUCAAGGUGGAGUAUGCUGGACUUGGACAGAGCCGGACAAUGGCGUCUCUCCACCAUGCCGUCGGUGUCGUGUCCCGCCUGUCCGACUCGGUCAAGUCAUUCGAGAUCGGCCAGCGGGUGAUUGUCUUUUGCCAUAUCCCUCCACGGACACAUGUUCGCCAGGCAGAGGCCCUGGUGGCAUCUCUGCCGGAGGGCUACCGGCCGGAAGAGGCCGUGGCCCUCGUAGAGCCAUUGAUCACUGCGCAGUACGCACUUGUUGACAAGGCCCGUCUUGGCCCUGGCCAGACACUGUUGCUGGACAGGGCGGCGAGUGCGGUCGGACAGGCCCUGGUUCAGGUGGCCACGCACAUGGGUGCCGAAGUCUUUGCUCUCGUACACGACAGGGCAGAGCGAGACAUCCUGGCUGAUCGGUACGGCAUCGCCAAAGACCGCAUAUUCGAUUCGGCUUUGGACAGCUUCGUGCCGCUUGUCCGAGAGGCCACCGGGGGUCGUGGCGUCGACGUCGUCGUGAGUCAACAGAGGGGCUCGCAUAUCGCAGGGGCAAUGUCCGUCUUGAAUGACUUUGGUCAAUUUCUCAUGAUGGAUGGCCAGGGGUUCUCGGGGGGCGUGCCGGCCUCCAAAUCAAACGUAGCCCUCACCUGCGUCGACAUAGCCGCACUCAUCCAGGGCCGACCAGACCUCGUCCCUGGGCUCUUUGAGCGGGCCUUUGCGGACUUGCUCCUCCUGGUUCCUGUGCCGCUGACUGUGCUGCCCGUGACCAAGCUUCCGGCCGCCAUGAGGAGCAUCUCGAGCGAGCAGGUGGUCUUGUCGCUCGAUGACACCAUGCCGGUGCUCAUGUCUGGCCCUCCGCCAGAGGAGCUGAAGCUCGACGACGAGGCUCUAUAUGUUCUGGCGGGGGGGCUGGGUGCCCUCGGCUUAGACAUUGCCGAAUGGAUGGUGGAAUGCGGCGCCAAACACCUGGUCUUCCUCUCCCGCUCGGGCGCGGCAAAGAACCCGCAGGCCCUGCAGAGGUUUGCGGAGCGUUCUGUACGGGUCCAAGUGCUCCAGUGCGACAUUAACGACGCAGCCAACGUCGCCGCCGUGUUCGACACCCUCAAGCGCAGCGGCAAGAGACUGGCAGGAGUGGUCCAGCUGGCCAUGGUGCUCGAAGAUGCUAUAUUUGAGAACAUGUCCUUUGAGCAGUGGCGUCGUGCUAUCCAGCCAAAGACCAAAGGGUCGCGCAAUCUUCUCGCCAACCUCUGGCCGGGCGAUAAGCCCUUUUACAUCCUGCUGUCCUCGAUUACCGGCGUCAUCGGCAACACGGCGCAGGCUAACUACGCUUCCGGGAACACGUUUGAGGACGCCUUGGCCCAUCACGCGCGUGACCACCUCGAUAUCGACGCGACCAGCAUCGACGUUGGCUUGGUCUCCGACUCGUCGCACUUUACCGGAUCGGGUGGCUUUGGCGAGCUCUCUAGCUAUUUGUCCAGAUACCAGCACGGCUGGCGCGGGCUGCAAACGAGCCUUCACGAGCUCGGCGCUGUGAUGCGGGCCAUUAUGCGGGGUUCCGCGACAGACGGCCAAAGGGCGCCGGCCCAGGUGAUCCUGGGCCUUGGGGACCGCAUUGAGCACAAUGAGAGCACGGGGGGCUACUCGGGGGACAAGAAGUUUGCACUCCGCGUGGUCAACGUCGACAACCAGGCUGGGAAUGGCGAGGCCAAGGAGGAUGUCCGCUUUCGGCUGGCCAGUGCCACGAGUGUGGCAGAGGCAGCCGCGGCAGUGGAGGGGAGCAUCAAGGAGCUGGUCGCCGUGGCCAUGGGCAUCUCUGUGGAAGAUGUCGAUGCGCAGAAGCCUCUCUACGACUACGGUGUGGACUCGCUGCAGGCCGUCGAGAUCCGCAACCGUGCGCUCAAGAACAUGCAGAGCGAGGUUUCGGUCUUUGACAUUCUCAGUGCUAUGCCACUGGCUGAUCUCGCAGCCCAGAUUGCAGCCAAAAGUCAACUGGUCAAGGUUGGAACCGGUGGAGAAGAGUAG